AUGAGUGGCAGGUGCCUCUGCUGCACGGUGCUGCUGUGGCAUGCCUCACGCGUCACGGCUGCGACUGGCCGGCGCCUCGGCGCGUCAGCUCGGCUCGGCGCAGCGAUCGCGGGCCAGCGCAACUCGCCUGGACUCAACGCUCAGCCAGGAGCUCCCGCACGCGCUGGCGCGAGCCAUGGCGCAUGCAACGCGCAGCAAUGCUCGCCUCGCCUCGCGCAAAUGCGACCGCCCUCGCAGCCGACAGUCCACCGCCUGCUAAAGAAGCACUGCGACGAAUGCGGCACCGCGGCGACGCAUGGCAGGCUGAGCCUCUACAACAAACUCUACAGCAAAAUCGCGCUCUACCUCUACAACGCACGCACUCUACAGCUCUACUUUACAGCGCUCUCACUCUACAUCCUCUACAGACUACACCCUCCCUCAGCGCUCUGCCCCCCGACUAAGGCUCAUUAA